AUGGCUGCGGUGUUCGAUCUGUGUAUCGUGGGAGCAGGGAUGGUAGGGUCUGCAGCAGCCAGGCACGCUACGCUAAGGGGCAGUGCUCUUGACAGAGCCCGUGUGUGCCUAAUAGGUCCACCAGAGCCGCAGACCAAAUCCAUGACGUCAUCACGGACUAUUUUCGGUUGCCAUUAUGAUGAGGGUAGGCUUACCACAGAAAUUCAUGUUGAUAACGUGACAUAAUCAAUACUGACAUCUCAUUCCACGAAGAGAUACAAAUAUAUUGAGAACAAGUCGAGGCACAGUGCUAUAUGUUGUACACGAUUGCGUUUUAACCCAAUGUUUGGUAACAGGCUUCGUUCCAUUUUUGACUUUCAUCUUUGUUUUGCUUGUGGAAUGCCCACUGUCAAUUACGAAGGGCUCGGCGCCGACGACUUGGCUGAGGUAAAGAACCUGGAUAUAUCAAAUGGCUACUCUGUGUAUAUGCUGCCACCAAUACGGUACCCAGAUGGAAAGUUUUACAUAAAGUUGGGCUGCCUACACAAACUGACCCCUCCACUGGACACCCUUCAGGACAUGAAGGCAUGGUACUGCAAUGCCCCGCCCAAAGAGCUUGUCAGUGACAUAGCCUCCGUCUUCACCAGCAUGGUUAAAGGUGUAUUCUGUAUAGUGAAGGGCAAAUAAGGCAUUGGUGGAAGAAACGAUAGUAACACUGGAGCCAUGAUUAAUGGUGUUUUGUGAUAAUCGACAAACGUACAACCGACAAAAAAUGAUUUUGUGGACGUUUAUCAAAUAGGCAAGGGAAUUCAUUGUGGAGACAGCAGAGAAUAACCUUUUCUGGAGCACGUACAUUUAAUAAUAACUUUCCGAGCUCCUUCAUCCUCGAAAAAGAGCACUACAAAUUCGUUGAAAACGAAAAAAUGUGCUUAUUGUAAGCUCACAUCUGAAAAAUCAAAAAUCAUCUUCUUUCUCUUACCGGCACAUCCCUAGAAUUCCAAA